GACAGCCGUUCCCUCUUACUGCGCCACUUUAAGUGAAAGCGGGGCGCCUUGAAACCUCCAUGUUUGGAUCUUGAAACUGCGAACGGGACUUGAGCACCAUGUUGAAUCAAAGUUGCCAACUCUUCCAAACUAAUGUUUGGUAACUUUAUAACUUCCCACGUCAGCGGCUUACCGAGCGGACCCUACGGCUGGGGUAAUGGACGCGCUGUAGGCGACUGUUUUGCAACUUUUCCGGGGUCUUUCGGUUUUGUUUUCGUACAUGUUCGGUUCACGCAGCAGCACCGGAGUCGGCGAAACAAUCCCGAAGUUUAAAGCGUGAGGUCCGGACCUGGACGUGAUGGACAACCCGUCCUCAAUAAUCACCCAAGUUAGCCGGGAUGAAGAAGGGAGUAAAGCGCCGUCAGAGAGGGGCUCUUCUCCCUCCCUGUCGUCCAAGAAGCCGCGAAGCAGAGGCCUGUUCUCCGGCCUCUUCUGCUGCCUGUGUCGGGACCAUCCCGAACCCUCGCCUGUCAACAACAACACCCCCCUUUUAGUGGAGGAGAAUGGCACUGUCUCAAAGGUGAAGCCACUGCUGCCUCCGGUCAAGUCAAAAGAUGCUGGGAAGAUCUGUGUGGUUAUAGACCUGGAUGAGACAUUAGUUCAUAGCUCUUUUAAGCCUGUGAACAAUGCAGAUUUCAUCAUUCCCGUGGAAAUAGAUGGAACAGUACACCAGGUUUAUGUUCUGAAGCGGCCGCACGUCGACGAGUUCCUGAAGAGGAUGGGAGAACUCUUCGAGUGUGUCCUGUUCACUGCCAGUUUAGCAAAGUACGCAGACCCAGUCUCUGACCUCCUCGACAAGUGGGGUGCGUUCCGCUGCCGCCUCUUUAGGGAGUCGUGCGUCUUCCACCGAGGUAAUUAUGUCAAGGACCUGAGUCGCCUGGGUCGCGAUCUCAACAAAGUCAUUAUCGUGGACAACUCCCCCGCCUCCUACAUCUUCCAUCCCGACAACGCUGUGCCCGUGGCCUCUUGGUUUGACGACAUGUCCGACACCGAGCUGCUGGACCUCAUCCCCUUCUUUGAAAGGCUGAGCAAAGUGGACAACGUCUACACAGUCCUCAAACAACAAGGGACCCCAAGCUAACGCCGUUCCAAUCUUCAUCUCAGCUCCGAACAAAACGGCAUAGAAACAAAAAAGAAAUAAAUAGUAGUGGAAAAGCGAACAGAAAUGCACACAUCAACGAGGCUCGAGCUCCAGCUAUCACUGCCCACCAGAACACAGCGCUGCUUCACAGCGGACAGAGCCUCCACCCCCCCCCAGGGUCAAACAAACUUGAUUGGGUGUCUUCACAGCAACUUUGACAGCAGCUACGCUGCCACCCUCUGGUCAAACACAGAACUGCGCCUCACGUCAGCUGAUGCGAGUGUAAUGAUUAAUGAAUGUUUAAUGACAUUUCCACAGUGUUGGAGAACUUGCAGCAGAGUUACCGCAGCAGAGGUCAGUGGCCACGAGUCCUCUAGACUCUACCUGGGUACUGGAUGCAGUUCUCUCCUCAGAAUGCGCCUUUAAACUCAUUGGAAAGGAAUUUUUGGGAUGGUUUACAUGAAAACACACUUGGUCCAUCACUGAAAGAGCAGGCGGUAUAUAUGCACUGCACAAUGUUAGUGUUUUCUAAACGUAUUGAUCAGCAUUAAUAAUACACCCUAUUUUUUUUAGAGCAAUUUGGUGUUUUUGAGUAAUCAAGACAGUGUUAUAAAAUAAUUUUAUUCAAAUUAACUACAGCUGGAGCUGUAAGAGGUAAAUAUAUUAAAACAAGUGAUUGGACAGCACUUUAAUGUUUCAUGUGUAGUCUAUAGUGCAAAUAUUCACUGCAAUGUGUAAAUGGAUUAGUGUUGCACAACUCGUGCACAAACGUGGCUUAGAAAACAGCAUGACAAAUACAAAUUUGACAUAUUUAGCGCCUGCAAAAGUAGGUAAUGCCCCAGAUUUGAUGUGAUCAAACAGAACGUCAGUGCAGGAGGACGAGCAGCUGUCAUUGCUGGUUGGGUCGGGGUUUCCAGGGGCAGUUUAAAGACACUCAUUCUUAUGCCCCCGUGUCGAUAAACGUCACGACUGCAGAGUUACGAGGACCAGGACUGCCUUUCAAACCAAACCGGGACACCAUUCGCUGUUAAUGGUGCAUCACGACUGUGUCUGAUUUGUUCCUUGCUUUAAAGCCUCACACAAAUCAUGAACUUUUUAAUAGUUAUUAUUUAACUGCAUGUAUCAGACUGUAUUUAAAAGAUGGGAUAAAGUUCAGUUAUAGUGAAGCAGUUGGCUUGUCAGUUUCGCUCUUAAUAUUUACUUCCCUAAGCGGUACUUGUAGUCUGGAGGCAAGUUUUGGACUCUGUUAGAAAAUGCAUGUUUGGGGAGAGCAAAGCAAUCAGUAGCAAAUAAUGGUUGGGCUUUGUCCAGAUUUAGGGGUCAAAUCCACCUUGAAGCUCUUCAACACUAUUGGUUUUGUUACUUGGCUGAGAAUUUGAAUCUUUUGGACAUAAAUGGAUGUAAUGCUAACUGUAUUAUAAGUGCAGCCAUGGUAACAUUUAACAUUCUUUGGAUUUGAAAUAUAAUCACAGAAAACCAUAUUCCUGACAACAACCGCAUUCACUCAUGUUUUUAUUAUUAUUAUUAUUACUAUUAUUAUUAUCCAGCGCUGCCAAAGGCAUUGUGAGAAGUGUAGGGAAUCCCUGCGUACACAAUUCCUGACAAGGUAGAUGGGGGGUUAGGGCUGGAAUUUGACCUUUUCUAAUCUCGUGCCUCUUGGAGAUCGUCUUCAUCUCAACAGACCAGAAAAAUGAUCUCAAACAGUGUGCUGUUGCCCAUUUGCGAUGACAAUGACCUGAUCUGACACCGAUGAAUGAAAACAGUGGGUUAGACUAUGAGCCUUGUGAUGGGCCAGGGAGAUUAACAGCUGUUGAAUUAUUUUUUUUAUGUAAAACUCUUCUCAAUCAAAUUAGCUUGUUUUUGAAUACUUACCGACUUUAUUUCUUAAUUCGCCCAGGAGUGGUCAUCUGAUACAAUACUUGUCAUAUGUUUUCCAAUCAGACUUUUCCUUGCUCUUCUUUUUACGCAAGAGUUGGUUGGAUACCUCACAUAUUGGUAGGGUAGGUUGAAUAUGGAUCAGAACCACCAGCAGAUAACUACAAAUCUAGUAUCUUACCGUUUUAGGCACAUAACAGGGUAAUUGUUUUAAACUAUCUUUUCCAUGUAAGCCGUUGUCACGUGUGUUAGAAUCAGAAACAACACUGUUUUGAGUUCAUUGUUAAAGUAUUUAUAGGAACAUUAAGUCGUUUUGUCAUCUGAUCACAUUUAUGAGUACCAUAGGGGCCCAUUUGCUGAUACUGUACUUCUUACAGAUUAAUAGGUAUGUAUAUGUUGUUUUGCACAGUAAUAAAGCAAACAAAUUUCAUUAAUAUAUAUGGACUAUUCAUUGUACUGUACUCAUGAUUCAAUAGAUAUAACCUAAUGUUUGACUUUUGUUGUUUAAUCAUACCAAAUAAUGUAUGACUGUAUGUAAUAUUGCCAUUUUCUUUCUCUCCCAUAAAUGCUUAUUUAAAGAUGGUCCAAGUGCUGAUUUGUAAGGCAUCUGUCUUCUCUUCAGGAGGAUGAGAGGAACAUUAAAGCACACAUCUUGUAAAACUCAAUUUUGACCAUUUCGCAGCAUGAAAGCAUGUUUCGCUGUGCUUUUUGGGCUUCUUUUGAUCUCUCUAAAUAUAAAUGUAUACUAAAAAUCAGCUGUACAUCUUA